ACAAACACCUGUUUGUUUCCAGGUUUGUAAACUUUACAAGAAGCUUCGCAGAAUUUGCCUGAAGUCACUGGCGCCAGCUAAAGUUAAAGGAGAUCGCGGGUGUCUGCCUGGUCUCUCGUCAUGACUGCAAACAAGUUCUGUGUUUGGAAAGGGCUCAUUUUAGCCAUUAUCCUGCUCUGUGUUAAUGGAGAAAUGUCAACUCCGUCUUUCAUGGUGACGUUUCCUGCAGUAAUUAGGUCAGGAUCUGAGGCCAAACUGUGUGCAAGUCUUCUGAAUCCCAAUGAAAGCCUCGUCAUGAACAUUUAUCUGAAUCAUGGGAACCAGAACACAUUACUGGUGCAGGAGAGAGCUGAGCAAGAGUUUCACCGCUGCUUUAACUUUCAGGCUCCUCUGGUAGAAGCAGAAUCAGUGCAAACAAUGAAAGUUGAGCUUCAGGGGAAGAAUUUCAAGAUGACAGAAGAGAGGAAAGUCAAGUUGAGGCAUUACUAUUCUUUAACUUUUAUACAGACUGAUAAACCCAUCUAUAUGCCUGGACAGACUGUGUUUUUUAGAGUCAUCACCAUGGAUGCCAAGUUUGUGCCUCUCGAUCAGACGUAUGAUUUGGUGGUGCUUGAAGACAGUCAUGAUAACAGGAUUGGUCAAUGGACAAAUGUUUCGUCAACAAGGUGGAUUUUGCAGCUUUCUCAUGAGUUGAACCCAGAAGCCCGUCAAGGAAUGUACAAACUAAAGGCUUAUAUUGGUGAAAGGAUGAUCUCAAAUGAUUUUGAAGUGAAAAAUUAUGUUUUACCCAAGUUUGAUGUGACUAUAAAACAACCAAAGACACAGAGUAUUGGUGACAAUGAAAUAAAACUUGAGAUUUGUGGGAAAUACACCUACGGCCAGCCUCUACCUGGCAAUGCAUGGGUGGAAGUAUGCCGUAAUCAAUUUGAAUAUGUUUCUAUUCCUGAAGUAAUUAAUCUGUGUUUGAACAAAUCUGCUCAGAUGAAUGAGUCGGGUUGUGCAUCUUUUAUCUUCACUACAUCAGCCUUUCUGAACGCCACAUUUGAGAAUUAUCUACAAAAUUCUCUUCUAGUUAAAACAAAUGUCACUGAAGAGGGAACAGACACCGUCAUGACAAAAUCUGAAACCAUAUCCCUGACAUAUAAACUUGGAAAGGUGACAUUUGCUGAGCUUCCUGAUUUGUUUGAACAUGGAUCCAUUAUAGAGGGAAAGAUCAAAGUUGCUCAUUUUAACGGGACUCCGGUUUAUAACAAAUCAGUUUAUCUCUUGGAAGGUCGAUCCUGGUCCUCUCAGCUGCUCCUAAAUCUCACUACAGACAGAAACGGACUGGCCAUCUUUUCCUUUAAUACAACUAGUCUGCCUUCCAGUGAUCUUCAUCUGAUGGCAAGUUUAACCUCUAAGGUUCAAUAUGGCUACAAAACUCCAUAUUUUACCACUGAUGAAAAAAUUGUUCGGCUUCUCCAGCCUGCCACUCCAUACUCCCCAACAUUAAGUGAACUGAUUAUAGAGAAUAUUGAGCAGCCAUUAAAGUGUGACACUGAGAUUACAGCCACUGUCAAGUAUUAUUUUGUUGGAGAGACUGUUGAAGACUUCAAUACUGACAUUGUCUAUAUGGUCUUGGCCAGAGGAGCGAUCGUUUAUCAUGGAUAUGAGAAGGUUGAAGUGAAGUCUUCUUCUAACGGAGUAGCAAGUGGCACAAUGUCCUUCAAACUGUCUGUUGGUGCAGAUGUGGCUCCUGUAGUGCAGAUUCUGGCAUACUGUGUUCUGCCCAGUGAAAAUAUUAUUACUGGUAGCAGAAAAUUUGACAUUGAAAAGUGUUUCAGAAACAAGGUUUCUCUGCAGUUUUCUCCUGCUAAAGCAGUUCCUGGUGAGAAAAACACUCUUCUGCUCUCAGCUCAGCCUGGUUCACUGUGUGGCCUUAGUGCUGUAGAUCAGAGCAUCCUGAUCCUGGAGUCAGAAAAACGUCUGGAUGCUGACAAGAUCUUUAACCUGCUGCCAGUGCAAUAUAUGUCAAGUUAUCCAUAUGGUGUUGAAGAUAAACAGGAGUGUCUGCAUGUGAGAUUCCGUCGAGCUGUGCACAUAGAUUCAGCCUAUGAAACUUUAAAGAGUGUGGGACUGAAAAUGGCAACAAAUCUGAUUGUUCGAGAACCACAGUGCCUGACAUACAGAGGCCUGCAUUAUCAUCGCAGCUUUCAUGAAUUUGAUUAUUCUGAGGAUGUUGAAUUACACAUGGUAGUGAACUCUGAAGAAGGCAGCUUUGCUGUUGAUUCUCCUGAUGCAACCAUUCGAACCGUUUUUCCAGAAACAUGGAUCUGGCAGCUUGCUGAAGUGGGAGACUCUGGAUCAGCUGAGGUUCCUGUCACAGUUCCUGACACCAUCACCUCUUGGGAGACGGAGGCCUUCUGUCUGUCCUCCACAGGUCUGGGAUUGGCUCCUCCUGCUCAGCUGACAGUUUUUCAGCCCUUCUUCCUGGAGCUCUCUCUGCCUUACUCCAUCAUCCGUGGAGAGAUCUUUGAACUCAAGGCCACUGUCUUCAACUAUCUGUCCAAGUGCAUCAUGGUUAAAGUGAGUCCAGCUCCUUCCUCAGACUACACUCUCAAAGCCUCCUCUGAUGAUCAGUAUUCAUCCUGUCUUUGUACUAAUGGAAGAAAAACCUUUAAAUGGAUCCUCACUCCUUCUGUUCUUGGAGUGGUGAAUAUUACAGUCAGUGCAGAGGCAGAGGCGUCCCAGACUGUGUGUGAUAAUGAGAUUGUGAGUGUGCCAGAGAGAGGACGCAUAGACACUGUCACACGAAGUCUGCAUGUGCAGGCUGAAGGAGUUGAAAAAAGCAAGAUUUACAGUUGGUUGCUGUGUCCACAGGGAAGUAAAGUCUCGGAUGAGGUGACACUGACACUUCCCUCCGAUGUGAUAAAAGGAUCAGUCAGAUCUUCUGUUUCAGCACUCGGCGAUAUAUUGGGUCGUGCACUGCAGAAUCUUCAUGGAUUAUUAAAGAUGCCGUACGGCUGUGGAGAGCAAAAUAUUGCUAUUCUUUCUCCUAAUAUUUACAUUCUGCAGUAUCUGGAGAACACAAAGCAGCUCACAUCAGCCAUCCGAGAGAAAGCCAGCAGCUUCCUUAAGAGCGGAUACCAGAGACAACUGAACUACAGGCAUCAUGAUGGUGCAUACAGCACAUUUGGUAAUGGUGAAGGGAAUACAUGGUUGACUGCUUUUGUCCUGAGGUCUUUUGGCAAAGCACAGAGGUACAUAUUUGUUGACCCACAAAUUAUUCAGAGUGCAAAGAAUUGGUUAAUAAGCAGACGGGAUUUAGACGGCUGCUUUAUCCAGCAGGGAAGACUGUUUAAUAGUCGAAUGAAGGGUGGAGUGAAUAAUAAUGUGACCAUGACGGCCUACAUUACUGCAUCACUGCUUGAACUGGAAACUCCAGUCACAGAUCCUGUUGUCACUAAAGGUUUGUCAUGCUUGAGGCCCGUCAUUGAGGACGUCAAAAACACUUACACCACUGCUCUGCUGGCCUACACUUUCAGUCUGGCUAGAGACACCAACACUCGACAGCAGCUUUUCAACAAACUGGAGGAUCUUGCUAUUUCAGAGGGUCCUCUUGUCCACUGGUCUCAGUCUGCAUCUGCUGAUGACUCUGAUUCUCUGGAUGUGGAGAUCAGCUCAUAUGUGCUGUUAGCUGUUCUCACUGCAGAUUCACUCACUCCAGCUGAUCUGGGCUUUGCUAACAGGAUUGUCAGCUGGCUUGUGAAGCAGCAGAAUGCCUAUGGAGGAUUCUCCUCCACACAGGACACAGUGGUGGCUCUUCAGGCUCUGUCUUUGUACGCCACCAAAGUGUUCAGCUCUGACGGCUCCAGCACAGUGACUGUACAGUCAGCAGGAGACUCUCACAGCUUUGAUGUCAAUCAGGACAACAAGUUACUGUACCAGGAGAAGCAGCUGGCCAAUGUGCCAGGCAAAUACAGCAUUGAAGUCAAGGGCUCAGCCUGUGUGUCUGUGCAGAUCCCCCUGUUCUAUAACAUCCCUACACCUCCUCCUACUAUUAAUACGCUGAGUGUCGAAGCUAGCGUUACAGGAGAUUGCCUUGCAUCUGCUCGCAAAAACCUCAUGAUGAACUUCACCAUCACAUACAGUGGGACACAAACCAGUACUAACAUGGUCAUAGUAGACAUUAAACUCCUUUCAGGAUUCACAGCGGAUACAUCAAUGCUUGCGAUUCCACCACAUAUGUAUGCACCGCUUGUGGAGCGGGUUGAUUCUAAAGACGAUCAUAUUAUGGUGUAUCUGAAAGAGGUACCAAAAAAUAGUCCACAGCUCUACACAAUACAAAUGAAGCAAGUCUUUCCUGUGAGAGAUCUAAGGCCUGCUGUGAUUAAAGUCUAUGACUACUAUCAAACAAGUGACCAGUCUGAGACAUUGUAUUCAUCACCCUGCGCUUGAUGUUUGUGGAUGCACAUCUUAAAAUCCUUUUUUAAACCCGUCUAUGCAAUUCAUGGACUAUUGCUAUUAAAAUGAAAGAAAUACUCUAUUGUUUGUGAUUUAAAAUAAAUAAACGGACAACUACA